GUUCGAUUACUUUUAGGUUCGACCAACUGACAAAUGAUAAUUGCACCAGGAUUGCGUGACGUACCUCUAAGCUUCAAGCAUCAGUAACUGAGUCAGAAUCUCGGCGAUUGACAUUCUGCGAUUUCGCGAGAUCUUUCUCGCAAUCGCACACCACGAUGACCCCGAAAAUUAGAGCCGUCGAUCUCCUACAUGGCGAUACCUCCGUUCAUGGCGAACGAAUUGAAGUCGCUCCGUCCAUCUCUGUCUCAACGACUUUCCGUGCAGAUCCUAACGAGCUCCCCCUUGAUGCUAUCGAUGUGCAAAAUCCCACCCGUCACGUAUAUUCUCGCUACACCCAAGAAGUUUCCACGAGGGUUGAGCACAUCCUAGGGAAGAUUCUGGACGGUUAUGUAGCAACUUAUGCUUCUGGACUGGCUGCAUGUUUUGCGGCACUUGUCUAUUAUAAACCCAAACGGGUUGCAAUUCGAGGAGGAUAUUUCGGCUGUCACCAUACCAUCGAGGUCUACAGCAAAUGUAAAGAGAUCGCAGUUGAGAUCAUUGACUUAGACGAUGAAUACAAGCCCGGUGACUUAUGUUGGGUGGAGACACCAGUAAAUCCCACUGGCGAAUCGAGGGAUAUUCAAUACUAUGCUGAUAAGAUUCAUCAGGUUGGGGGGAAACUGGUUGUUGACUCUACUUUUGCACCUCCCCCGCUACAAUACCCGUACAAGUUUGGUGCCGAUUGUAUUCUUCAUGCUGCCACCAAGUACAUCGGGGGUCACUCGGAUCUCCUUGCAGGUGUCCUGGUUGUAAAGACCAAAUCUGAAUGGUUAGAACUCCAAAACAACCGUACCUACAUGGGAACCAUGAUGGGAUCCCUGGAAUCGUGGCUACUCCUCCGCUCCAUCCGUACUUUUCAUCUCAGGAUAGUCCAUCAGUCCGCUACCGCAACUGCGUUGGUCGAAUGGCUUGUUAGCCUUGCUUCAACACCCAAGGGCAGUUCAUUCGAGGGCGUCCCCGGAGGUGUGCUUACAAAGGUUUUCCACUCGUCGUUGCAAGAGGUCGACUCCCGGGGAUUCCACCCUAGUCAACAAAUGCAAGGUGGAUGGAGUGCUACAUUUGCAAUCUUAUUGUCCACCUCAGAAUAUGCCAAAGCGCUGCCUCAUUUGACUAAUUAUCUUGUCCCGGCAACAAGCUUGGGGGGUGUUGAGUCGCUCAUCGAGUAUAGAGCAAGGGCUGACCCGAAUGAGGAUCCUACGUUGGUUAGAAUUAGCAUAGGAGUGGAAGAUCUUGAGGACCUGAAGGCUGAUCUGGGUCAAGCGUUUCGACGAUGCGCAGAGGGUACGGUCGACAGUGUCUAAGCGAAUAUGUAGAGAAUGUGACAGUGACUAGAUUCGAGUAAAUAAUAGGCAAUUGUAAGGAUAUAGCAGAUUUAUGGAAUGUACUGUGUUGGUUCUCAUAUGCAAAAAAAGGCAUGCCGAAGCUGAAAU